UAGCUUCCGCCAGUCGUCUGUCCUCGUUUUGUGGCCGAAAGUUUUCCCUGAAGCAAUAUGAUAUUCCGACAAGUGUGAAAAAUACGUUCUGUGAAUAUAAAUCUUGAGAGCGCUUAUUUUGAAGGGGAUUAUCGUUAUUUCUUACACCGUAAGGUUUAUUUCUAGUUUGAAUAUCAUCUGAAAUAACUGGUUUAAGUUAUUUAAGUUUCUUUGCUUCAACAGAUAAAAAUUCAUACCUAUAUUUUCUGAAUUAGUAUACUUAAAAAUGUGUGUAAUUGUGCCUUAACAUUUAUAUGCGUAGGUGAUGAGGAAAUGACUAAUUUAAUUAAUUUAGGGUUACAAUAAUGAGUUUUACGUCACGUUAAAGAAGAAAUUAAAGAAGAAACAAAUAGCACUCUUCACAUGCAAUUAUAAUUUUUAGUGUUCCGAGUUUUCAAAAAUAAUUUUCUUAACAGUUACCGAAAAAAAAAAUUAAUAUAUUUAAUUCAGAAAAUUUCUAUACUAAAGUUCGAGAAUAUCAGAACUUGAUGUAUUUUAAUAGGCUCGAUAAUCUUUCAUUUCUUUAGCAGACACACAAAUGUAAAUAGCAGAUGUGUUUAAAACUUUUGUAAAAUUAAAUAUAAUCUAACAAGUGUUUUACUUUGCGUUAGAUAUUUCAAUAAAAAUAUGUCGAUAACUCGUACGAGUUAGUGUUAAAUAUGAAGGAGCUCCUUUAAGUACAAAAGCUUUAAGUAGUUGUUAGAUAACUGCUAAAAGAAAAGUUGUGUUUAGCGAAAAUAUCUGUAGAUUUUAUUAGUAAAAAAUGUGCCAGUGAAUAUAUCUUAGAUUUAGAAGCAGCAUAUUUUAUGUUCAUAGUUUCACAAAUCAUUCUUAAUGCUUACAAUUUUGAAAAUGUACUGUUUGGUAAAGCACUGUAAUAAAUAUUUUAGAGCAGAAACUUUGAGAAAUGUAAGUGCAGAAAAUACGUUGAGGGAAGUUCAAGUUAUAUCAUAUACACAUAUUAAUAAACUAAACUGUAUAGAUAUCCAUGUUCUACCAUGUUUUAGCAUUUUAAUGUAUUGUUAUGCAUCUGAACUGAAAAUAUAGACUUUUAAAGCCUAUUCUGCAAGAAUAAUAGCAAGUGAAAUAUAGAUAGUAACUUUUAUCCACGUACCCAUUGCUUGCUUUGAAAGCAUCUUGUUUUCAUUAUAUAUAUACAUUUUUGCUGAUACAUUAGUCUUCUGAACUAAAGAAAAAAUUUACAAAUUACUUAAAAUAAAAAAAACUAUAAUAAGUACGAAUGGAAACUAUUUCUUUGCAUAUUAGAAAGUGUGAAAUCUUUAUUCUUUUCGUUGUUCGUUGUGUAAGCUUGAAACAAUAAUUUUCAACAGGUUGUUUUGACGAAAAACCUAUUGUAAAGAAUCAUUCUGUGAAUUAAUUACUUUCAUCGUAAGAGCUUCGUAAUUGCUACAAGUAUUUACAAAAAUGUAUGCGAAAUGCGAUUAACGUAGAUGGUAUGUAAUUCAAUUUGAUUGUCAAGAGGAACAAUUCCAAUCAAUGUAUCCCUGAGAUUUGUGACAUUUUUAUGAUUUAAAAUUCAAAAUAUGAACUGGUAACAUCUGUUAACUAUAAUAUAAUUGUAAUAAUAAUUUCUUAUUAACUCUUAAACAACAGUGCAUUUGUACAAUCAGUGAUUUUAAUUGAACUGAAGAGUCAACACAGAGGAAUAUAUCAAUAUGGAGGAAAACGAAACAUACGUCUUCGAUAAUGAAACAAUAGUGUUCCCAGAUAUAACCGUAUUCGAAUUCAUAACCGAAGGUGUUAUUUUGACAUUUCUAGGUAUUAUGGGUGUUAUAGGGAACGUUAUUUCCCUCAUUAUACUCUCUAGGCCAGAAAUGAGAUCUUCGGUGAACUGCGGCUUACAAGGUCUGGCCUUUUUCGACACAAUUGUACUCAUAUCUUCGGUGACAAUGUUGGGUCUUCACAAGCUAGGAUAUAAAAUGGUUAUUCUGUACAAAUAUACGUUUGAAGUAUUUCCCUUUGUAGUUAUGGUGGCUUAUCCUAUUGGACUCAUUGCACAGACUGGAUCAGUCUGGACAACUGUUGGAGUGACUGUGGAAAGAUACGUUGCAGUUUGCCAUCCGCUGAAGGCUCGAUUUCUUUGCACGUACAGAAGAGCUAGGGUGUUCAAUUUACUGAUAGUAAUAUUUGCUGUAUGCUACAACAUACCACGCUUUUGGGAAAUUGAUGUCCGUGAAAUGUUAGAUCCGAUGACUAACACGAGCAUGUACAUUGCUCGCCCAAGUGAGUUCCGUAUGAAUAAGUUGUAUUAUAAAGUCUAUUACAUAUGGCUUUAUCUAUUCGUUAUGUACUUUAUUCCAUUUUUGACUCUAGCUGUGCUUAAUAUAUUUAUCUGGCGUGCAGUCCAGCAUGCAAAUAAGGACAGACAACGCUUGACUCGAAGGGAAGAGAAAGAAAUAGGUUUGGCAAUGAUGCUUAUUUGCGUAGUAGCCAUUUUCUUCGUUUGCAAUAUAUUAGCCCUUCUUAUAAACAUUCUAGAAUGCUUCGAUCUUGUAGUUCCAGCUCUUGUUCGUGUGUCUAAUCUUCUGGUUACCUUCAACUCAUCUAUAAAUUUCGUCAUUUAUUGUAUUUUUGGUCAAAAGUUCAAGAAGAUGUUUCUUCACAUGUUUUGUGGAUUUCGCCGUACUAAGAACCAAAGCUUUACAAGUACUCUACAGGUGACACAUACUGAAACUUUGCGCAGCGUGGUUCCUCCGACAACAAGGGUAAAAUCAUUGUCACCAAACGGUACGAUGCAAUCCAGUAACUUGUAAUCCGUUUGGAAUUUUAACGAGGAGAUCAGCUCUCGUCUUCUGAACAGCAAAUUGUCCUGAAGAUAGAGUAAUGUGCCUCUUACGAAGGUUAGCACAUAGAAGCAAGAUUUGCUGUCUAGAAGACGCUGCCUCCACUCAAGUAUCAAAAGAAGUGACAUCUGGUGUUCAAGUACUUUUGCAUUUAAUUAAUGAUGUCUUUUAUUUCUCUUAAAUAACUAUUGUGGAAAUAAAUAUUGCUCUUAUGCU